AUGGAGGUUGUUGGCGCAUUCUCCGCUGUCCUCACCGUCGCAGUGGAGUUCCAUGAGCUUGCCAGAACUCUUCGCCGCUGCUUUGUAUCGCUGAAAUUCGCCAGGAAAGACGUCAAGGAAAUCCACAACGAGGUCAAAUCAUUCAGCACUCUUCUGAGCCUCUUCCACAGCACUGUCACUGACGAACGGUUGGCCAACGACGAUCUGCCCAUGAAAAUCAAAACGUCUGGAAUAGCCCAACACAUCUCCGUAUCCGGGAGAGAAGCCUUGGCUAGGAUUGAUGACAUCUUGACUGGACUGGACCCAUUGAGAUCCGACAAAGUUUAUUCAGUUCUCGAGCAAUGGUAUGCUCGCUGGAAGUGGUCCACGCGCAAGGAGAAAUGGUCACCGAUCCAAGUCUUGCUCAACUCCAUCAAGGCGAAUGCCACUUGGCUCAUCGCGAUAGUGGAUUGCCAUCAUCGUCUUCAAAAGAUUGACCAACUAAAUGCUGAGAAGAGCCCAAUCCCAAACGAGCUCGUUCAACAAUUGUAA